AUUGACGUCCCUGCUGUGCUGGAUUGGUGACUGUCACCCGGACACCGCUGUCCCCAAAUCCGUCGCCGGGGUGGCCGGCGAUGACCGAUGCGGUGCUGGGCGGCUCCUCUGACCGGUGGAUGUGCCCCAGUGACAGGACCAUGUCCCUCCGAGCCAGGCUCCCGGCAGGCUGGGCAGCGCAGCCCGAGCGGCAGCGCAAGGGCGAGGAGCUGACGGAUGAGGAGAAGGAAAUCAUCAACCGGGUGAUCGCCCGCGCCGAGAAGAUGGAGGAGAUGGAGCAGGAGCGCAUCGGGCGCCUGAUGACCCGGCUGGAGGACAUGCGCCGCAGCGUUCUGGGGGACGGCGUGAACCGCUGCAUCCUGUGCGGGGAGCAGCUGGGGACGAGGGGCUCUGCCUGCGUCGUCUGCGAGGACUGCAAGAAGAAUGUGUGCACCAAGUGCGGGGUGCAGACCACCAACAACCGGCCCCARGCCAUCUGGCUCUGCAAGAUCUGCAGCGAGCAGCGGGAGGUGUGGAAACGCUCCGGCGCCUGGUUCUUCAAGGGUUUGCCCAAGCAGAUGCUGCCGCAGCCCAUGCCCGUCAGCAAGAAGGGACCCCAACCCCCGAGCGAGCCCCGCCCGGCCGAGCCGCCCGCCCCGGACCCCAAAAUCGCCUCCCGGGCACCCACCCGAGGCCAGGCGGAUGCCGAGGACACCGAGGGCACCGACGCCUCAGCAGCAGCCCGGGGSAGCCGCAGGGCGGCCGAGGGCCGGCCGGGCCCGUGUGGUAGCGAGGACACCGGUGGGGACAGCGACAGCCGCGACUACGCUGCGGAGAGCGGGGUCAGCAGGAGCCCCGGUGUGAAGAGAACCAACUCGGUGCAGGGCUCACGGCCACCCCCGCCCGCCGCCGCCGGUGCCGCCGCUGGAUCCGCGCCCGCAGCGCCGGCGGCAGCAGCGGCAAGGCCGGGUGCCGGGGGUCCCGCCCGCUUCCCGGAGAGACAAGCGAGCCCUCCGCUGGGAGCCCCGGAGCCGGCCCGCGCCGCCGCCAGGGAGGAGCGGGGAGGGGGCUUUGCCGCCGCCCCCGGCAGGGAGGACAGGCCGGCCUGGCAGCCCCCUGCUGCCGCACAGCCCCCUCCCGCAUCCGCGGCCCCGCAGCGGCAGCAGCCCCGCGAGGAGGAGGAGGAGGAUGCCAACAGCUACGACUCGGAUGAAGGCACCACGCUGGGAGCUCUGGAGUUCAGCCUGCACUACGACCAGGAGAACAGCUCCCUGCACUGCACCCUCAUCAAGGCCAAGGGCUUAAAACCGAUGGAUUCCAAUGGCCUGGCUGAUCCCUAUGUGAAACUGCACCUCCUGCCCGGAGCCAGCAAGUCCAACAAGCUGAGGACGAAGACGCUGCGCAACACCCGGAAUCCGGUGUGGAACGAGACCCUGGUGUACCACGGCAUCACCGACGAGGACAUGCAGAGGAAAACCCUCAGGAUCUCAGUGUGUGACGAGGACAAAUUUGGCCACAACGAGUUUAUCGGAGAAACCAGAGUUGCCUUGAAAAAACUCAAAGCCAACCAGAAAAAGAACUUCAACAUCUGCCUGGAGAGAGUAAUACCGACGAAGCGCACCGGSACAACCGGCGCAUCCCGCGGGAUGGCUCUGUACGAGGAGGAGGUGGAUCGCGGCGGGGACGUGGAGGAGCGCGGCAAGAUCCUGGUGUCGCUCAUGUACAGCACCCAGCAGGGCGGGCUCAUCGUGGGCAUCGUGCGCUGCGUGCACCUGGCGGCCAUGGACGCCAACGGAUACUCRGAUCCCUUCGUCAAGCUUUGGCUGAAACCCGACAUGGGGAAAAAGGCCAAGCACAAGACGCAGAUUAAGAAGAAAACGUUAAAUCCUGAGUUUAACGAGGAGUUCUUCUAUGACAUCAAACACAGCGACCUGGCCAAGAAAUCCCUGGACAUUUCCGUCUGGGAUUACGACAUCGGAAAAUCCAACGACUACAUCGGCGGCUGCCAGCUGGGAAUCACGGCCAAGGGCGAGCGCUUGAAACACUGGUACGAGUGCUUGAAGAACAAGGACAAGAAGAUCGAGCGCUGGCACACGCUGCAGAACGAGAACCACGUGGCCAGCGAUUAAAGGGAGCCCUGCCCGGCCCUCCCCGCCCUCUGCCACGCCCCCCUAGGUCCCUGAUGUCCCCGAUGUCCCCGAUGUCCCCGGUGUCCCGUCUUCCAGCGCAGCCACGCCUUGCUACAGCCUCCGGUCCCAGGGUCCUCUCCCGUCCUCCCCUCUGCUGAAAACUCCCCCGGAUCUUUUCUAUUCUCCUUGAUUUCUUUUCCCCUGGGGGAGGGAGGCCGCCGAGUUCCCCCGGUGUGUCGUUUUGGCGAGCAAUAUUKCCCUCCCGAUCGUUCCUCGCUCUCCCCCAUCCCCGUGGCAGCGUCCCCGUCGCCGCUCCGCAUCCCUCCAACCUCCGCUCCCGGCGGGAGCUCGGAGCUCCGGGAUGUCCCGCUUGUGUGAUCUCAAUACCUCAGUUGCAAUAACGAAAAAAAAGCUCCUCGGCUUUGGUGUGGGUGUCGCCGUCGCCUGGUGUCCGUGUCGUCGUGGCCAAAAAUCCGGUGUGGCCGGCGUUCAUCCCGCGAGUCCCGCUUGAGCUUCACUCGUGCUGCUCUGGCCCACCCGAGCAAUGUCGUGGCGCGUCCUUUGCUGAGAAGAUGCACUGGUUAACGUGAGAACAGCGGCAAGGAGGUUUUGGGGCGCUCUGUGCUCGCAGGGAAGCGGCUUUGGGUUGGUUUGUGCCGUUCCCGUUUCCUUCGCCCGAGGGGUUCGGGGGUUCCGCUGCUGCGGGAGCCCGGCUGUGYUUUAGGGUUGUGACUACCUCCUCUUCACCUCUGAGCUGUGUGGUAGUGACUGGCUGAGCCCUGAGGGUCCYCUCAGACCCCUCCUGCUUUGCUGUUCCUCAGGAGGGAAGCUGAGGGAGCUGCUACUCCCCAAAAACCCCCUGAGGCAUGCGAGGAUUAUCGCUUUGAAACACCGCAACUCCCGAAAUCGGCUGGAACAGCCCCGAGACCUUCCCAGCUUGGGUUGUUUUGGUUUCGUUUUGUUUCUCCCAAAUCUGCACAAGAACUUYUGUCCCUAACUGUGCUUUAAGGAGCUGUUGGGUCUGCCCUGGACAGAGUCUGGUACCAUUCCCUGCCUCUGGAAAAACCCCAAGCACAGCCCCAUAGGAGCACCACGAGCACUAUGGAAUCUCUGGAAUGGUCACACCGCGCAUGUUGUGUGAAACCUCGAUCCUGCUGCUGCAGCUGCUCUUCCUUGGGGUUGGAUGAGUUCUUUUCCCGAUAUUUUCUUUAUUUUCCCCUCUCCAGCAGAMCUCACUGAUGUSCCAGGAGUGUCCCAAAUUCCAUYCCCUGCUCUGUCCUGCCAGAGCUGGGAUUCCUCUCCCAUCACCCCAGGCUCCAUGCUGGAGUUGAGCUUGGGGCUUGGUGAAUGGAGGGGAAGAGGACACCUGGAAAAUUUUCCCCUUUUCUCAUAGAAUUCUUGCCUCUGUCCCUGUAAAUGUGACAUCCCUGAGCCGUGCUGGCCAGGCCCCAGACCCAAACAAUCCCAUUCUCUUGGGUUUUUUCCCUCUGCAUCCCGUGCUGAAUCCUCCCUGCUCCAGGCCCAGGUGAGCUGUGGGAUGGUGGGAUCCAGGAUCAAAGAYCUUUUCCAACCUUAAUGAUCCCAAAUCACCACCAUCCUUUCCAGAGGGAUGGACCUGGCCCAAACAUUCAUUUUCACCCCAGAGCACCACUUGGGCACGGAGCAGUGUUGGCUGAGGGUAAAAAUACCUUUAAAAAUCACAAUAUUUAAGCAAUUCCUCAAUUUCUCCCAGCCCUGCAGCAGCUCAGCCUCCUCUGUAUGUGCAGAACAACUCACUUAAGGUUACYCUUAUCUCAUCCUGUAUUCCCCUUCCUGUUCAGCCUGCUUUCUUCAGAAAAAGGAUACUCCAAUCAUCUCUUUGCACCUCCAAAAAAAGCAAGUGCAACUUGCCAGUCUCCUCAGUAUUGUGCAAAACCAUGACCCUGGUCUCUGUCCCCCACUUCUCAGUUUUUUUUCUGAUGGUAAUCCUGCCCUGAAUGACUUCUUUUCGUUGUAAAUAAAUAAAGCAUGCACCUUAUGGAUUGGGAAUGGUGAAAAACAAACAAACAGAAAAUAAAAAAACAAGAAAAAAAAAGAGAAAAUUAACAGCCUCUUCUACUGCUGUUUGCAUUCAGACUCGCAUGCAGUGAUUUUACAGCCAAAUAUCGGUUUACAACUGUUAAGAGAAAAAGAAAAUGUUACACAGGAAUUAGAAAUCCUCUGGUCUUCCGCUGCAUGCAGCACAACAUCCUCUMUUGAUGUGGUAUCUAAUAAAGUGAGACUAUUGGAAAAGAAAA